AUGAUUGCGGGGAUUAUUCCUCUCGCUCAUUUGGCACCCCAGCUGGCGGCGUCGUAUGAGACUGUUAGAGACGCGGAGGAACCUGUUCCUCCGCGUGUUAAGGCUGUAUUGCGUGCUCUUGCCAGAAGGAGGGUAAUGGAAGCUUGGAGGACUGAGAAACUAGAGCACGUAGGUGCACCAGAGGCAACAGGAGUGCGCACGAGGGCAGCUAUUGCCGAAUGGUUGGCUGAUUGUAUUGGGAGGACGUUCUCUAUCGGAGCGACAUUUCACACCACACAGCUGAUGUCCUGCCUAUGUUGUUUCUCGGAAUAUUUAAAUGAGAUAAAGAAGUUUCCCUCCACACGUUGUUUCCACUGCGAGGGGAGUGAGGACACGGCGGAACACAACCUGAUUGACUCCCCGGCGUGGACAGAUGCCAGGAAUGAGUUAAUCGACGCGAUGGGGGAGGACAGUUAA